AAAUACAGCCUGAAAACUUCACUAUUUUUUCUGUUAUUGUUCUCUUCUCUCUAAUCUUGCACGCAAGGAAGAAACUGUCGCCGGCCGGAGUUGAGCUGAGCUGUCAUCGGAAAAGAUAUUUCUGGCAAUGACAUGUUUACGGGGCCUUUCAGUUGCCAUUUUUGUACUUCAAGCUUUCUUAGCUUCCGUAGCUUUGGUUUCUGCUCAAGGAUCGACUAAUGGUUCUCGUUGGCAGACUUUAAACGGGAGGCCGCCACUUGUCAUAGCACAUGGUGGAUUUUCAGGAGUAUUUGCAGACUCCAGUUUUGGAGCUUAUAGUUUGGCUUUAUUAAGUCUACCUGAUGUGAUCUUGUGGUGUGAUGUGCAAUUAACAAGGGAUGCAGCUGGGAUAUGCUUUCCUGAUCUUAAGCUAGAUAAUAAUUCUGACGUGGCAAGUGUAUACAAUGAUAGACAGGGGACUUACCUUGUCAAUGGAGUCUCUACAAAGGGAUGGUUUUCUAUUGAUUUCACUUUCAGGGAACUUGGAAAUGUCAUAUUAAAUCAAGGUGUCUAUUCUCGAACUAAUAAGUUUGAUGGCAAUAAUUACGCGAUUAUGACUGUUCAGUCUACCUAUACACAGUUGAAUCCACCUGGUUUUUGGUUGAAUAUUCAGCAUGAUGCAUUCUAUGCACAACACAACUUGAGUAUGAGAAGCUUUGUACUUUCUGUAACUAGAAAUGCAAAUGUAACUAUUAACUAUAUCUCAUCACCGGAAGUGGCUUUCCUGCAAAGUAUUGCACCAAAUUUCCGAAGAACAGCAACAAAUCUUGUCUUCCGUUUUCUAGGAAUGAACGAUAUAGAGCCUUCAACCAAUCAGACUUAUGGUUCUCUCUUAAGAAAUAUCACAUUUAUCAGGACAUUUGCCUCUGGAAUCAUUGUCCCCAAGUCUUAUAUAUGGCCUGUAGAUGGACAACUUUACUUGCUGCCUUAUACUUCUCUCGUCUUGGAUGCUCACAGAGUAGGCCUACAAGUUUUUGCAUCCGAAUUUUAUAAUGAUGUUCCGUUUAGCUUCAACUACUCCUAUGAUCCAGUGGCUGAGUAUCUUCAGUUUGUUAAUAAUGGCCAAUUCUCCGUUGAUGGGGUUAUAUCUGACUUCCCAACAACGCCAUCAGCAGCUAUAGAUUGCUUUGCUCAUCUAGGCAGAAAUGCUUCAAAACAAGUAGACCUUUUGGUCAUCUCAAGUAAUGGGGCAAGUGGAGACUUUCCUGGUUGUACAAAUUUGGCGUACUUAAAAGCAAUUCAAGAUGGUGUAGAUGUUCUUGACUGUCCUGUUCAAAUGACAAUGGACGGAAUGCCUAUUUGCAUGAGCUCUAUAAAUCUCAUAGAUAGCACAAAAGUUGCCCAAUCAAGUUUUAGCGAUCGUACAACAACAAUUCCAGAGAUUAUGCAGGGCAGUGGAAUAUUUACCUUUAAUCUGUCAUGGAGUGAUAUUCAAAGCUUGACACCUGUAAUAUCAAGCCCACAGUCACAGUUCAAAUUGUUUCGAAACCCAAAGUUCAGAAAUGCUGGGAAGUUCUUAACGUUAUCCGAGUUUUUAAACAUGGCAAGCAAUGCUAGCUCUCUUCAAGGUGUCUUAAUCGGCAUAGAGAAUGCGCCUUUCCUUGCGGAGCAAGGAUUUGGUGUAACUGAUGCUGUGCUUGAUGCCUUGAGCAAAACUGGCUACAGUAACCAGACAGCUCGGAGAGUUAUGAUACAGUCCAGUAAUAGUUCUGUUCUAAUGAGGUUCAAGAGUCAAACCAACUAUGAACUUGUUUACAAGGUUGAUGAGGAUAUCGGAGGUGCUCAGAGUUCGACGAUUGAAGACAUUAGGAGAUUCGCUACUGCUGUGGUCAUUAGCAAGGAUUCUGUAUUCCCCGAAAAUGCAGCAUUCAUCACUAAUGCUACAAAUGUUGUACCAAGGCUACAAGCUGCAAAUCUCUCUGUAUAUGUCCAAACCUUCAGUAAUGAGUUCACAUCACAAGCAUGGGACUUCUUCUCCGACGCAACUGUUGAGAUCAAUUCAUUCUUUUGGGGCGGUAUUAAUGGUGUCGUUACAGACUUCCCAAAGACAUCUAAUAGAUACCGGAGGAAUCGAUGCUUGAACAGAGGCAAUCGUACACCUGGUUACAUGGCUCCCGUGCAGCCUGGAAGCCUUUAUCAACUAAUCACAGAACCUUACUUGCCACCAGCUGAAGCUCCAAACCAUUACCUGACCGAUGCGGAUGUUGUCGAGCCUCCUUUGCCUCCUGUCGCAGCCAAAGCCCCAACUACUUCUCCAAAUGGUACUGCAGCUGCCCCAACUACUCCAAAUGGUACUGCAGCUGCCCCAAGAUCACCAAAUGGACAGCCUAAAGUUGCUGCAUCAGUCAUCGUGCCGCUAUUGACUGUGCUUCUAGCCAUUUCUGUACUGUUUUGAAAUCUUCGAAAACCCGACCUACCCUUCAACCAUUUUGCCCCCUUGUUGGCCUGCUUCGAUAUGGAGUAGCUUGAAAGUUUGAGUGCAGGCAGAAAAUACAACUUUUCUUUGUAGUUGUCUCCCCUCCAGAGUCCAAACAGACGUUAAUUUUUUUAGCAUUUCGUUUUGCAGGUUUGUUCAUUCUUCACACUUGUAUAAAAGAUACGGAUCCUUUCCCUA